AGCUGCUUCAGCGCGGCAAACUCAAAAUUCUCAGCUUUCUCCGAAGGUCGUGAUCAUCGCGAGGAAAAGUUGACCCCGUAUUCACGUUUGGCGAGGUGAGAGUUCUCCUUCAGGAAACACGCCUCAGCCCUCGUUGACCGAAUCGAGUUCACCAGCACGAAGAUGACGAGUGCAUUGCUCGGGAAUUGUCUGUUGUACGUGUUUUGCUUCGCCUGACAGAAUUAAAAUCAUAAUGUGCUCGCUGCGGAGGAGGUGAGGACGGUCGGACAAAAUGCUACGAGAACUGGUCAAGUGGGUGCUCAACAACUACCUGAGCAACUACGUUGAGAACUUGAGCAUUGACCAGCUCAGCAUCGCCCUUCUGCAGGGAGAGGUGGAAUUAGAAAACGUUCCAUUGCGGAAGGAUGCAUUCCACCACCUACGGCUGCCGGUGUGCAUCACCUCGGGCCUCAUCGGGACUGUCAAGUUGCAGAUUCCGGUCAGGUACAUCCGGACGGCGCCCUGGGUGAUCAUCCUUGAAAAACUCUAUCUGACUGCUUCCCCCUAUAAGACUGAUGAGUUUGAUCCAAAAUUUGAGGAGCAAUUAAUUCAAGAUGACAAGCUGCGCAGCCUGGAUAUGCUGGAGGCCAUAUGGAGGGCUGAACACCAGUCUGAAGUGUCUGGUGGUAGCUCCAGCUUCUACUCUUCCAGCUGCAGCUCAUGGAUGAGUUUUACGUCUGGUCUUGUCACAAAUAUUGUCGAAAAUGUGCAGCUGAAGAUUAAAGAUGUGCACAUCCGAUUUGAGGAUGACACAUCUAUUCCAGGUCAGGUUGUGGCUGCUGGAUUCACCCUGAAAACCCUGACAGCAAAUACAUGCACAUCAAACUGGACACCGGGAUAUGUGUCUAUCGACUCAUCAUCUGAAGCUUUCAAACUGGUUGAGCUGACAGAUGCUGCACUGUACUGGGACACAAAUGCAACUAUUUUUGGAAAUUUGCCACCAAAUCUAUUCUCUGCUGCAAUGCAAACUGCAAUGGAAGCCUGCAAGCCGGAGAGUUUUGUAUUGUCUCCUGUGAGUGCACAGGCAAGGCUAAAGAGGAACCGUUCUGAGCUGCCUCUGAAGUCACGCAACCAGCCUAGGAUUGUGUGUGAUCUGAUGCUAGAGACAAUCCAAUUCUCAGUCACCGAUGUGCAAUAUGAUCAGAUGGUCGGUUGCUCCAGAGGCUUGAAGGCUAUUGGCCUCCAGCGGGAGGCUUCUUUGGGACAGACAAGCUGUCCUAGGAAUGACGCUCAAGCUCUCUGGCACUGGGCUUUUUGGAGGGCAUUGACCUUGAGCAGGGUCAGCCAGCAGUACAUAGAAACCUACACCCAGUACCUGCUUAUGCCAAACAGCUUCAGUCAGGAGGCAAAAGUCUUCAAAGACACCAUUGAAUUGAGGUACUCUUGUGAAGCCUUACAAGAGUUGCGUGAGAAAGCCAUGCAGAAUGCUGCAUCCAAGCUUGUGGACUACGAAACUAAAGGCUGGAGUGUGCCUGGGGCUGGAAUUCUUCUGCAGUGGUUCCCCCUGUGGACAGGAUGGUAUGCUGCACCUGCCCUGCCAGAGCAGGUGCCAAAAUCUCCGGACGAGGCUCAAACCUUGGAGGACGAGCUACUGCAUGCUUUAAGCGACUCCGUUGAGAGCAGCUCAAUGCUGAAAAGGGAUGCGGUUUUUGCCAUCAAUACACUGACCAUCAAACAAGGCAGCUUCAAAUUGCUCUCAUCCACGAAGCCUACAAAUGACACAAUGGAGGAGGAUGAGGGAGAUUAUAAAAGUGUGAUAAGCUUCCCUGUGAUGGACCUGGAAGUCGAGGCCUUGAAGGUGCAAUUGGAGUUGCGGCCAAGGCUCAACUCUCAGUGCUUCAGUCUGAGUGUUGGUGGAAUCUACCUGAAGGACUGCCUCACUAGGAAUUCCCUCUAUCCAAUGGUCGUGGAGCCGCUGCAGAGUCGAGACAGGGCAAAGCCCAAGCAGAACCAGAUUUCUUCAGAGCCGCUUUUCUCGUUAUUGUACGAGUCUAAACCCUUCAGCAGCAAAUUAGAUUACCGGCUGCACAUUGAGUCACGCAGUCUGGCAGUGGUUUACAACCCAAGUGUGGCUAAGGCCAUCACAGACUUUUUCAUCAGGCCACAGUCUCAGGAACCACUCUUGCAUCUGGGACAGGCAGCCAGAAGGAGGUAUGAACAAAUGAAAAAGAAGACAAAAGAAAGGCUGAUGCAAAAUUGGGAGCAAAUGUUGGAGGGGAACCAGCGUGGCAGACAAAAGUGGGACAUCAAGCUCAAUAUUUCAGCACCGCAGAUUAUUCUUGUGGAGAAUUUCACUGACAAGAGUGCAACUGUUGUGCUUGCUGACCUAGGCAAAUUAAACGUGCGCAAUCUUCUGGAGCAGGAAACCACCCCUAGCAUUGUUGUGAGCCCCAUGCGUCAAGACUCUGAGGAAGACGAAUGCUUCCACACACCUUGCUCAUCACCUCAAGUUGAAUCUGUGAUUGGGGAGACAUUCAAAAGCCCAGAAGAGUCGGGCAAAGGCCAAAAGCCACAUGAUGUGACUGAGUCAGCGCUGCAAUUGCGGAUGUAUGACAGGUACAGCGUUGAGCUAGGUGACAUGCAGAUAUUGGUCGGACGCACAAGGGACAACCUCCGUCACGCACACAUCAAAGGCACAUCUAGUCUGCACGUUCUGGACAGAUUCAACAUAUCCAUCCAGGUGGAAAGAAGAGCACUCUACUCUAAUGACCCUAACAUGCCGUCAAUUAAGGUGUCAGGAACACUGCCCAAGCUAGUGGUGCACGUAAAUGAGCAGAAAGUGAACACACUAAGAAGCAUGGUGUGCCAUAUGCUUGGCGAGGGGCUCCCUUCGCCAUUUCGUCCGCAGGACUCUCCAAUUAGACUUGGCCGAAUUGACGAACAGCCCUCUCCAGAUCCAUUCAGAGAGAUGUCCGAAAACGCAUUCUUGUGCGUAUUUCGGUUUUGCGUGGAUGACAUGUCACUGGAGGUGCAGUCGAGAGGACGCUCAGUGGCUGAACUGCAAGUGCGGGGUGUACGGGCUGGCCUGGUUUUGCGCCCCCAGGAGACAAGCGUCUCACUUAGCAUUCACAGCUUGUUAUUAGUGGAUGCCAUGCAGACUUACGGCAACGACUUUGACCUACUGCUAGCUAGUCAUCAGCGAGUGGGCAUGGACAGUGUCAGUGGCAGUUUGUUUGACAGCGAGCCCACCAGUCCCACGUCGCCCGCCUCGCCAGAUCCGUCAAGGGCCUCCCAUCGACCCACUAGUCCCAUUGCGCUCACACAAGCCUUGUCCACUCUACAGUUUCUUAGGGCAACAUCCCCGAACCUUGUACAUCCUGCAGAGUUGGAAGGGGAGUCAUUGAUUGUUAUUGAGCUAGUCUGGCUCAGUCCAAAUAUGGAAGAGGUUGGUUCAGAAGAGAGCAAGUGUAUUACAACAGUGCAUUUCAACUGUCUAGAUGUGAUAGCAAAUCAAGAGACUAUCGUUGAGCUUGUUGGCUUUGUCAAAAGACUGUUCCCGGACAACCACUAUGGCCCCACUGGCGCCUCCACUUUCAGUACAUCUAUUGAUAACCUGACAAACAAUACCUCGGUGGCCAAAGUGGACCUUACUUUUGACUUCCAAAGGCUUAAUGUCUUGCUGCUAAGAGGUAUAGUUAAGGAUGGCGUUCCGCAGGCAAGAAAAAUCGCUACCGCAACUCUGACUGAGGCCAAAGUGCAGGCGACAGUUGGGUCUGAAUUGACGGUCAAAGGGUCGCUUGGAGGAUUGCAGGUUCUUGACUUAACCCCAGAAGGUCAAAAGCACCAGCGAAUCCUGAGCUUGGGCCACGAUCCACUUGCCUCAUCUAACGUAGACCACCAGGCUGAGCUGCUCCAGCGACUGAACGCUGAGCUUAGCAGCAUGUACCAGCACAGCAGUAGCCCAGGUCUAUUUGCGACCUCUAGCGUCGAAGAGGAAGACAAAGAGGCAUUCAUGUUCAGCAUCUACCGAAGUCUGGAGACAGGAGGCCAAACGUCAGUCAGUAUGCGCAUGGCAUCUGUUUGGUUUACGCACUCGCCGCGCUUCCUCCUCGAGUUGCAGUCUUGUGCCUCUGAAUUCAAGCAAUAUGUAUCUAAUUUGGCGAAAUCCAUUCGCUCCGCGGCCGCAGAAGUGGCUAUGGGCCUCAUGCACGUCCACGCCCGAGUGGACGCGCUUUCCGAACGAGGCAGCCGUCUAUCUCUGUCCACUCUUGAGAUGUCCCCCCAGCACAAGCGUCGCAGGAGCAUGUCCCAGUCACUUGAGUUCCUGGAGAAUAAAUUCAACACGCCCUUCACGCCUGAAGAGGAUCCUGCUGAACAGGACUUUCUCCUGGACACAAAGUUGGAUAUUGUUCUUGAGUCUCCAGUCAUCGUAUUGCCCCGCUCAUCUUCAUCUGGAGAUGUUCUAGUGGCUCACCUUGGUAAAAUCACUUUGAUCGACGAGAAUGAAGCAGAGGACGAUGAAAGUCCUAAUUCAGACAAUGCCGGACACUACUGCUGGGGCAUUGUCCGGCGCAGAGCCAAGUACAAAUUGGAGAUCAGAGAUAUGAAUCUUGCCUCUCUCAAUAUAGAUAAUAGAAGGCGAGUUCCUGAGUAUCCUGGUGAAUCAGUUUUACAAAGAGCGGAUGUUUUGUACUCUUGUAAAGAAGGCGCUGUCCCUAUUCUUCACAAUACUGUGAUUAAGUUAGUCAUUGAUCUUGAAAGAGGCCGCAGUGUGAUGAAGCCUACCGAAAGUCUCCCAUCAUUGUUAAUGGACCAGAGUAUGGACUUCCUUGACGUAGACAGCGAAGACACUUUUCAGGUUCGCGGCAUGGUUGUCCAAGAUUUGAAGCUCUCCCUGUCUCGGUCUCAAUAUGAACAGCUUCUGGACAGUCUCAAUCAACUUACCGUGACCGAAACAGAUCCAACAAAGGCGCAGGAAAAAUCCUCAACGGACUCGUUCUUAGUGUUGGACCCAACUUUGAAGUCUCGCUUUAUAAACUCGCAGCCAGCCUGCACUCCAAUGGACCUAAAGAGCAACCGCAAUAAAGUGAUCGUGAGAGUGUUCUUUGAGUUGCCUGCGCUGAGCGUGACCCUGAGAGGCCACUACCGAGGUGAUGAGCGUGACAUGGUUGACAUCAGCUUCCACGACUUCAGGGUGCACUACCUGAAAACCGACCCAUUUGAAACAACCAUUAAGAUGUCCCUGAAAGCCUUGCUUGUGGAAGAUCUGCUGCAGCCGAAAGAAUCGCCUCAUCGUAUGCUAGUUGUGUCUCAGUUUGUGCCUCAGGAAGAAGCUCCUGAACCCAGAAAGACCGCCAUGCAUGUUUCUCGCUCCUGCCCUGACCUGAAUUCAACUCCACUUGAAAUGCUUGGUGCCACGAAAGGCUCUCUGCCAGACCUGCUGGAAACCAGCAUCCUCUAUGGAGCUGGCCCAAAAGGGGCGCCUCCAAGUGCGAGCAACAUCACGGAACAGAGGUGCCCUUGCACUCCGCCACCCUCACCACGGAGGAACGUAUCUUCGCCGUUUGGUGCGGUGGCCAUGAAAGACAAUCUUGUGCAUGUGGACGUCCAGAUCAUCGAUCCCAAGUGUCCAGAAUUUUUCACCAAGCACAAGAGUGUCCAGAGAUAUCUUGAUAUCAACUUUAAUUGUUUGGAUCUUGUGGUCAACAUUGAAUCAUGGGUUGUCAUCCUCGACUUUUUUGGGCUUGGUCCUGACACUGAGAGUGCGUCUGAAAAGAAGAUGCAGUUGCAAACCCCAGCCAAGAGACUUGAAAAACGCAAUGAGGAAAGCUGCAAUUCUCAAACCGACGUCAAAGUCAGGUCUUUGACCUUGGUGCUGAUCAAGACUUCUGGUAGUGAAUUAGCCAGGGCAAACGCGUCUCACCUGACAGCACACACAGAGCGAAGAGGAUCUGAGAGCACCACGACUGGAAAACUUGGAAAAUUGUCUCUUCUAGACGUUAGUAGCCAUGGCAGAUUGUACAAAGAGCGAUUUAUCACAUCAGGAGGAGAAGCUUUGGACUUCAGCAUCUUGAACUACAGCAAGCCAGAUGUGAUGCUGAAUCGAGAGUGCGACACUCAAGUCCGUCUGCGCAUGAGUUCCGUGUUUUACGUGCACACGCAGCGCUUCAUCGAAGAGCUCAAAAUCAUGAUAAACCACUUUAGCCUGCUGCAGAAUUUGAUGUCCAGGCUCCGUGAAGCAGCCGCGGGCAUGACAGAUGAAGAGCAGUCCACAAGAGGAAGAAGAAUUCUCUGGGACAUUCAGGCAGAUUCUCCAGUCAUCUUGAUCCCCCUGAGUUCCAAGUCAAACAAAGUUCUAGUCGCGGAUCUUGGCAAGCUGACUGUUUCCAACAAAUUCACCUUCCAUCUUCAGCCAGAUGCUGAAAACUGCCUCUUGGACGUGAUGGACAUUAACCUGAUCAACAUGGAUAUCUUCUCCAGCCACCGUCUUGCUUCCUACAGCGACUCAAAUGCUGCCAACUCAGUCAAAUUCCGCAUUGGUAAUACCUGCGUGGAGAAAGUUGGUGCCUCAUUUCUCACUGAGAAGAAGUGCCAGCUGCAGCUGCGAGUGGAGCGAAACCUGGACUCGAUGACCGCACACCCAGUGCCCGAUAUCAGCAUACAAGGCACAUUGUCUGCCGUGCAUGCGGUCAUCGGCUUAGAGCAGUACCAACUCGUCAAAGGUCUGCUGAUGUACAACAUCGGCGAAAAUCUAGACGACCUUGACUACCUUUUAACUCCCACGCCGUGCAUCAAGUUCACGACCGCCAGCAGUAUGGAAGACCUGGUCUGGGUGUGCACCUGUUUGAAACUGGACUUGGUGGACGUGCACGUUGUACUGCAGCAGCCGGAGCCGCUCGCGCUGAUCAACUUCAUUAAAUGCCGCCUUGUCGUUGAAAGUCGCUCAGAUGGAGCCAGAGAUAUUGAUUUGGUGUCCAAGGAGAUCCUUCUCAGUGACAAAAGGUUCUGCACUGAGCCAGUGAACAAGAGACCUAACAUUUUCAACAACAUUCUUCUCCCUGUUGACGCUGCUCGAAGAUCUAGUCAGGUUCAGGCUGAAAUCCACCACAGGCGGAUGCCUAGUGAUGGUGCCAAGUUCACCAUUUUGCUGAAUAACAUGCGGCUUAUGCUAAUCCUUGAUUGGUGGGAAUUGGUCAGAGAUUUCAUCAGCACAAAUCCGGAUAUAGAAUUCGUCGAUCCAGCUAAAUUGUCCACCCCUUCGCACCAAACGCCACAAACACCAGACCAAGAAGAGCCAUUUGAGCUAACCUUGAACAUUACUGAUUCUGAGGUGGUGCUAGUCGAAGAUUGUUCACAAUGGGAAACAAACGCUCUAAUUCUCAAAAGCACAACUGUUGUGUCAUACCGUCCAACAUCAAAAGAGCGGCCGCUAACCUGCAACCUGAACCGCUGUGAGCUAUUGUACUGUUUGCUAGGCAAUGAGGAGGAAUCCGCUGUGUCCAUAAUUGACCCUGUGACCGUGAACCUAGACAUUGUACAAUCUGAAGAAGGCGUCAAGGUGCUUGAUGUCACCCUUCAGAAUCUGAGCCUUCGUCUUUCCUACCAUGACGCCCAGAUGUUUUCUCAGCUGUUGAGCAGCAUUAGUGGUCAUGACCGUUCUAAACAGGUAGAUGGCCCUAAAAACGUGCUGCAGAACAUCAAAAAGCUGCGAGCGCUUGGAUUUUCGGCAGAAGAUUGCGCCAGCGCCCUAGACCAAUGUGGGGGCAAACUUGACGACGCUGCCUUGUGGCUCACUCAACACGCUAAACACUCACACAUGACGUCUCAUCACAUUCAAGGUGGUGAUGGAAUCCUGAGUUUCAAGCAAAUGGAACUGAAAACACAUCUUCUGAGCAUCUGCAUCAUUGACGAUUGCAGGGACGCUGAUGUACCAUUGCUAGAAAUAAGUUUAGCUCAGCUGAGCCUUAAGCAGCUGCUAGGCACUAAUAGGCUUGUUGAUAACGGCCAGAUGGAAUGCCACCUGACCAUCGACUACUAUAACAGACUUCUCUCAGGUUGGGAGCCUCUGGUGGAGCCAUGGAGGACCAAAUUUACGUGGGAAUGGCAAGAGCUCAUGCCUGUGCCGUAUUUCAGGCUUCACGUUGACGCUGAUGACACUCUUUCGUUUAAUUUGACCGAUUCCUUCAUUUCCCUGUUCCACAUAGUAAAAGAGACUUGGACAGAAGAUUAUAUCCUGAGCACAGUGCAGAACAAGAAUUUGUCGCAGAACUACCGUAGAAGAUCGCCUUUUGUUCCAUACCAGCUCUUAAACGACACUGGGUCGGACCUUUGGUUCACCACCAAUGUAAAAAUGGCCGACACUUAUGACCCACUUAAGAAUGAACAUCCUCAAACCAAUGAGGGGUGGACAUUAGUCAAAGCUGGACAAACAAUGCCAUUUGAUUUUGAGCACCAAGCCAAAAAGUUUCGUCACCGCAAUUCGCACACCCUAAAAUUGCAUCAGGUGCGUGUCCGUGUUGCUGGCUGGAGAGCAGUCCACCCUGUUUCAGUUGACAGAGUUGGUGUUUAUUUCCGCCACGCCCAACCCGACUUAGACGACACCAGCUUUGGAGUCCUCCCGUCAUCCAGGGUCGUCUUCCAGGUGACCCUUGAAGGGUGUGCCCGCAAGUUAGUUACAGUCAGGUCCGCCCUGUUGAUAUGCAACCAGCUGCCCAUGGCAGUACAGCUCUGCACGGAGCAAAAAAGCAGCUACAGAGAAAUUGAGCCAGGGGCAACCCUGGCAGUUCCCAUGACCCUGGUGCACUCGACUCUGAAAAUCAGACCAAAAAUCGACAGCAGCUACGAUCUCUUUGAGGUCAGUGCUUCUCUUCAGUGGAGUCACGUUGCCGAGCCGGGCAGUGUGCAAGAGGAGUCUUAUGUCUGCAGAAGCACAAGGUCGCACCACGCGGACGACGGAUACAGGUUCACCCUGGCUGUGCAGAGGGAACUUUAUCCUACCGAGAAGCUUUACCCUCAGUGGACCAAGCACCGCAAUCUCACCUACAUGUACCCGCAGCCCGCGCACACACUCACACUGCUCAGUCCAAUUGUGGUUCACAACCUCCUUCCUUUGGAGUUGGAGUGCAUAGUCCGUUCAUCAACCAAUCUGAAACUAAGCAUCGGCCCAGGCACAUCUGCAUCCUUGAAUUACGUAGACAUUUCUGAGUCGCAAACCUUGCACUUCCUUAUGGACAAUUUCACCUCAUCUGGGCAGCUAGAACUACUGCCUUACGGAGGGAACUCCAGACAGAAUAACAUCUUCCUCACAGAUAUCCAUUCUCGGGUUUUAGUUUUGAACGUCACGGUGCGCGUGGCCCCUGGCAGAGGCUGUCAGGUGAGCAUCAGUGCCCCAUACUGGCUGAUCAACCGCACCGGUCUGCCAGUGGUGCUGAAGCAGGAGGGUGCCUCAUUGGAGGCAGCUGGCCAAGGUCAGGAACACGAGAUGGCGCGCAUGGUGGCGCCGCUGAUCUUUUCCCUGGCUGAUCCUGAGCAGGGCGCCGGCUACGUCGUGCGCCUUGGCAACGGUUACAAGGCCAAUAGCCGGCCCGACUGGUCCAAGCCGCUGCUGCCGCGCAGGGACGUUCAGCUGAUCCAACUGCGUCUUGGCCUCAGCGAUCGGCCUGACGAGAUCUUCGAGCUGGGCGUGAGCACCAAACCUGGGAGGGGCCGCUAUAGGAGGACCACCAUGGUUCACCUGGCACCCAGAUAUCUGUUGCACAACAAGUCAAGCCGUGAACUCGAGUUCGCCCAGAGCUACUUUGCUACCACGUUCACUGACCUGUACGCAAACGCUUCCUAUGUCAGGAUUGUGCCAGGAUGCUGUAUUCCUUUCCACUGGCCAAAGCUGGAGAAAGAGCACAGGCUGUGCGUUCGCAUGCCAGAAGUUCUAGAGUGUUGCUGGUCUGGUUCAUUUUUCAUCAACAAAACAGCACUCUUCCACUUGAACAUCCGUGAUCGUUCUGGAUGCAUGAAUUUCCUCAGCGUCGAGGUCACUGAGCAAGAAGCAUCGUUUGUUAUUGUUUUUUCUGACGUCUCAAUGCCUUCACCAGUUCGAGUCGACAACUUUUCACAAGUUCCAGUCCACAUCUAUCAAGGUGGAGCCAAGGUGCAGCAAACAGUGGUGCGUCCACACUGCUGCUUGCCCUACACCUGGGAUGAGCCCCUUAUGCCGCAUAACCUAACGUGCAUCGCUCCUGGUGGAAAUGAGUUCUCCUUUGAUUUGAAUAUGCUCGACAUGCGUGGAGAGCUGACUUACGACAACUUCAUCUACAUCGCCAUGACGUGGACUUUUCCACCUGAGAGUGGAGACGCGUGCAAUUCGCGUAUCGAGAUGCAGUGCCAACAGUUGGUGCUUGACGUACCUGAGGGAAACAGAGUCGUCUUGAGGAAGAAGGAGCACGGCUGCCGCUCGCAACUCUGGCGGCUCACUGUCGACGGACACCUACAGCAUGAGGGCAGUGGGCCCCCAAGGGACCCUAGAAAGCCUGACGACCCUUACCACCAGUCAUUGGUUUUGGACAUAGCCGGUCCAGCUCCACAGCCCUUGCAAUACGUGCCUCUAGUUAUCAGAAGACCAGAGCCAAGGAGACAGUCAACACAAACCUGGCGAUUCACUGAUGACGGGAGAUUGAGGUGUGCGCACAACAGCAUGUGCGUUCAGGCUAAGGAUGGCUUCUUUGGCCUAAGAAGAGGCGAUGGUCUUGAUGCUGCUGGCUCCUGGCAAAUGUGGAGUGAAGUUGUGCUUGGACCGCCUCAGCCUAUCUGUCACCAAAAGACAGAGGACGGUGUCCCUGUGGAGCAAGCUUUGGGUCCUCAAAAAUUGAGGCCAGGAUCGGGAAUUUUGUCGCUCAGGGUGUACGCAGAUGGGCCGACAAGGGUGCUCGAAAUUGCGGAUAAGAAACUGCGAAGGAUCUUCUCAAUUCCAAAGCAACGAGACUGGAGUCCAGUAGUUUUCACCCGUUGGGGCAGUCCCGCAAUGCAAGAGAGUCAAACUGAGUCAAGGGAGACAAAGGAAAAUCCGGGCACAGGCUUUUGCCUGCAAGUGCGUCUGACUGGAGGCCUUGGCAUCAGCCUGAUUGACACAAGCCAGCGUGAGGAGCUGGCAUAUUGCUUGCUCGAGUGCCUCAGCGUGCGGAUUAGCACGCAGCAAAAUGUUCAAAGAUUGGAGGCCUCUGUGCUCAACAUCCAAGUCGACAACCAGAUGCUCGAGGCGCAGUGCCCUGUGGUUGUCUUUGUGCCAAGCUUUGAGAGGACUGAGGACAUCUCCGCCUGCAUCCCUGUCAUUGAAGUCACAGCGGAAAGGGUCGUUUCAAGCAACCAUAACAUUGACACAAUUAAGAACGCGGCGGUGAUAAUCCGCAACUUGAAUCUGACUAUUGAGGAAGAACAGCUGCUGCUUAUCUUGUCCCUGUUCGGGCUUGGCGUGCCUGAAGUGGAACCAAUCUCGACCGCAAUGGCUGCUGGAGCUGAGGGCGGCGAUUUAGAAGCUCAGAGAGGGCUCACUGCACUCGCGGAACAGAGAAUGGCCGCUCAAAGAUACUUUUUCUCUAAGUUCUUUGUUGCCUUCACAAAUAUUCGUUUAAGUGCAGUUACUACAAACAACAUACCGCCAAGGCUUAAACCUAUCAAAAGAAGACUAGGCCUCACUCUGAUCAAAUUCGAAGACGCUGGAGUCGAGCUGUCGCCUUUCCACAUUGAACAUGAGCUACUAAGCCAGCCAGCUUUGCUGGAACAACUCACCAAGCAUUUCCAAGCUGCUCUUAGAGGUCAGCUGCCGAUUAUCCUCUUCUCAUCGGACAUCCUCGGCGGCGCCACUGGUCUUGUUUCUAACGUGACUGAGGGUGUUGUUGGCCUCAUUUGUGACCCGGGUGUCAAGAGCGUUGGUGGACUUGUUAAAAACGUCACUCAUGGAAUAUCCAGCUCAACUGCCAAAGUCACUGGCUCUUUGAGUGAUGGCGUGAGUUGGGUGGCACUGGAUGAGUACCACGAAGAAUGCAGGCAGCGCAUCCGCAGGCGAAUGCCAGCGCAAACAAACUCAUGGGAACAUGUGAAGGUGGGCGUCCGCAGUCUGGCCUUUGGCAUCCUCGGUGGCGCCACCAGUAUAUUCACGCAGGCUUAUGAGGGCGCCGCCUCUGAAGGAACUUCAGGCCUGAUUUACGGACUUGGCAGAGGGCUAGUUGGAACCGUGACCAAGCCUGUGAUGGGCUCGUUGGAUUUUGUCAGCGAUAUUGCCAGUGCAGUCAGCACCUCAAGCAGAAGCUCAAACCAUUACCAACCAAGCCGGUGCCGGCUUCCUAGGUGCAUCGUGGGCCCUGGAGGUCUUCUACCAAUCUACUCGUACAAACAAAGUGAGGGUCAGCAGUUCCUCCACCAGAUCAACAACAAUCUCUUUUCUGAGAUUUUCAUGGCGUAUGAACUGCUAAGAUCUGGAACUGAGGACCUCCGCGUGAUUGUUUCAAGUGAGGCUGUCCGCGUUUUCACCACCAGCACCACUGGCUCGUGUGCCAUAGUUGUCAAGGUUCAUUUAGGGGAGCUGCAAAACUGUCGACCUAUUCAGGAGGAGGAUCCCAAUUGUCCAGGCCGAAUGCUUCAAUACGUCGAGUUGGCUGAGCAGGUUGAGAACAAAGGCAGCUUCAGCCGCGAUUUGGAGGAGGAGGAGCCGCAAAUAAGGAGACCAAGGGUCAGAUGCGAUACUGAAGAGACGGCUAAAUGGGUGUGUCAACAAAUAAUUUUUUCCAAAGGAAUGUAUGAAGAGAAAAUUCGCACAUUGGCUGCAUUGCCAGACUUGGAUGACUGAAGUACUUAAUGAACUAUCGCUUGAAGUCAAUUCGGACCAAAGAAAAAUGGAUUUCAAUCAUCUCUAUUGUUUUUAAACUACUGUUAUUGUUGUAACUACUACUCAGGAGUUGAAUAGUAGACCAGUCCCAGGUAAUGUUAUUUUUUAAUUAGUUGUUAGCAUUCCUCAGUAGAUCCGAAGAGUCGGGAAAUUUUGAGGUAGAAUAAAAUACAUUUUUGAGAAAUUGGUUGCCGAAUGGCUGUGUUGAUAAGUUGAGAUUUGCAAAAAGCAUUACUAGUAGCCUUAUUAAUCUCUGUGACUUGUGUAUAGUGAUUAAUUGACACAAUAAAAAGUUAACUAUUUUUCAA